AUGUCUGCCGAGAUACGACCGAUCGAUCCCGAGUCGGUCCAGAGGAUUGUUGCGGGACAAGCGGUCUUUGAUCUGUCCACGGCCCUCAAGGAAUUGGUGGACAACGCUCUGGAUGCCAAGAGUCGCACCAUCAACAUCCGUCUGUUCAAUCUGGGCAUUGACAUAUUGGAAGUAUCGGACGAUGGCAUGGGUGUUCCACUCGCCUCCCGUCCAUACUUGGCCACGCCGCACGCAACGAGUAAAAUACGAGCCUUUGACGAAAUCUACGCCACGGCAUCGACUCUGGGCUUUCGUGGCGAAGCGCUCUUUUGCCUCGCCAACCUCAGCACCAACCUCAUCGUGGCCACCCGCACCCGCGACGAAGCCACGGCGCAGAAACUCGAAUUCCGUCGGGACGGAUCGCUACGGACAGACACCGUGACGAGUAUACUCAAAAAGGUCGGGACGACCGUUGCAGUCGUUGGUUUGAUGGACGCCUUGCCGGUUCGUCGACACGAUUUGAUUAAAGGCAUUCAGACACAACGACGGACCAUGCUACGCAUGCUGGAAGGCUACGCCAUCUUCUCUCCCGGAGUCGGCUUUCGUUUGAUGGACAUGAUGGAUGCGGGACGGGGAGGAGAAUCGCUCUUACUAGCGACCCCGCAGAAUAGCUCGUCCAUCGAAGAAACCGUGUCGGCGACACUGGGACCCAAAGUCUUGCCCUUUCUGUGUCCCAUUCAGGUCGACUUGUCGACCGUCCUAGAGGCACCGACACAAUCACCACGGAACUCUCAAUACUUUGCCAUCAACGGACGCCCCGUCGAGUUGAAACAAGUGUCCAGGGUCUUGAACGAGGCUUGGAGGGCGUUGGGGUGCAAAAAACGUCCCUUUUGUGCACUGCAAUUCACACUCCCCAACAACGAAUACGACAUUAACCUGUCGCCCGACAAACGGACCGUCAUGCUGACGCACGAACCACAAAUAUGCGCUCUGGUUCGAGACGCCGUGGUCGAACUCUGGGCCAGUCAAACC